GUGCAAGGCCAAGCAGUAAGCUCACAUCCGAUGUCUAUGCACCAUCCCGGUCUGCUCUUCCGGACUCAACAUGGCGAGUAGAAGCCAGCUGAGGAGGCUGGUAGCCUGCCAUGACGCCGUGAGGCUGCCACUCGGUGGAGUACUACCUCUGCUCCGGUCCACUCCGGCACGACCCUCGCUGGUCUCCAAACCCCAGCGGCGCAACGACCGAUAUUUCUCUCUCGAGGCCAAGGCGGCAGCGUCCUUCUUAUCUGAGCACAUUAGACUGAAGCAGGUGACGCACGAUGAGCCAGCAAGCAAGAACGCCUCGACUCUGGCUGUCCUCCUGCAUGCCGAUCGUCGACCUCAACAUCGUCCAGAUGGAAGCGUGCGCUUUGGUCCUUCGAUCCAGAUCUGCGCAGCCAGCGAUCUGCCGCCCUCGCAUUCGGCGGGGUUGGGCACUGGAGAUGUUGGUAUCAUGAAGCUGCAGCUGAUUGAGCCUGAGAAGGUGCAACAGAGAGGCAUUCAGGUCUCUGACGAGUGGAGUCAGGAAGAAGCAGAGGAGCUUCUCAGGGAGGUCUCGGUGAAGGCAGGCAUCGAGGUUGCGGAGGCAAGUCGAACGGAAGCAGCUAGUGUCUUGCUCGAGCUGUGGAAACUGUUCAAAGAAUGCGAAGGUAUCUGGUUCACCUUACGGCUGGAUUUGUCGAAGGAAGCUCCCGGCGUCACAGUCGUCAGGCCCUUCCUAGAGUUCGACGACUUCGCUCUACAUCGCCUCCCCUCGUCGCUGCAAGAGCUGCACAAGGCCCGCCCUCGGGACUCCAAUACAGCUCAAGCCGAGGACGGCGGUCUCUUCUACAUCAAGCUCUCCAAUGGGGGAAACAUCGGCUCUUUCGGGUACGGCGCAGGCAACGCCAUGGGUACAAUGGACGGCCUAACCAUCGCAGGUGGCACCCCCGCCAACUUCCUCGAUGGAGGAGGCGGAGCGAAUAGGGUCAAUUCGAGAUUGGCGAUUGAGACGCUCAAUCGAGAUGCGGAUGUCAAGACGAUUUUUGUGAAUACUUUCGGAGGGAUCACACAGACGGAUAUUGUGGCGGAUGGAGUGAUUGAUGCUGUCAAGGAGAAUGGGAUGAGGCAACCUAUCGUGGUCAGGGUCAAGGGCACUGGCUCUGAUGAAGCGAAGGAGAAGCUCCUCGCGUCAGGCCUGGAAAACUUUCACAUUCGUGACGACUUCAAAGAGGCAGCUCUUCUCGCCGUCGAAUUGAGCAAAUCGGAAGCUCAGGAAUGAGAUACAGAGGUAUGUCUCAGAAGACAACCCUUGGCAGGAACAUGUACAAUAGCUCCUGAAGAACACGAGAAGCAGUAUUCUUGUCGCUUGUCACGCACGCCAGGCUGACAGUAGUCAAUUUCAAGUAUUGUCCAUCG